AACCUCAAAAAAUGUACAUUUAUUUUAGUGUUAUCCAUGUAUGAUUGAAUAAAGUAUGGUGUUAUCGUAGUUUUCGUGGCUGUCAGAGUCCCGGUACUAGUCGUGAACGGCGCUAUUAGUUAAUACUAAAUAGAAUAUUGAAUAUGAAUUGGUGUUGGACGUGUGAUAGAAACUAGACGUACACCGUAGUGCUCUAGUCGAACUACUCAAAAUCGGUACUUGGUUAGUUGGUUGUCGGUAACAAAUAUUUCAGUAUUAAUUACAUUCUAACUAAAUUAUAAUGGCUAUGCUUCCACCUCGGAAAACGAAGACCGUGUCAUCUGAAAAAAGUUGUAAAAAUUCAAUGACGCCCCUUCAAACCCUUUUACAAAUGGGGUUCCCCCAAAAUCGAACAGAAAAAGCACUAGCAGCCACUGGUAAUCGAGGAGUUCAAUUAGCUGCCGAUUGGCUCUUGGCUCAUGUCAACGAUACUUCUUUAGAUUCCAGCACUAGUAGAGAGUAUAUCAUGUAUGCCUGUCCAAGUGGAUCACUUAUGUAUGAGCUAAGGGAAUUUUGGAAUAAAUCAGCUAAUAAGUGUGGACGUAAUGGAGCUCAUAAUUUUUUGCCACAUAUAACUCUAGUAUCAUUUUUUCAGGUACCCGAUGAAUAUGCUAAUACAUUGGUAUCUAUACUAAAAAAUGUUUUAGAUGAGGUUAUUAAAGAAAUGACUGUCAAUGAUUUUCAUUUAGAAACUUACACUUCAUCAAAUUUUAUGGGUUUUUUUUUAUCUGAUCAAGGAUCAAACUUCUUAAAAAAAAUUUCAGUACUAUAUGCAGAAAGAAUCACAGAUCUUGUUGGAGUUCAAGUAGAUCCCCAUUUAAAAUCUUUACAUUUAACUUUGGCCUAUCAAUUUGAUGUAAGCCAAAAAGAAACUUUAAAAUCAUUAAUUAAAUCUACAAUAAAUCCGUCAACUCCAUGUUUAUGGGAACUAAAGUUGUAUUCUAGAGAACCAAUAGCUGCUAACAAACAAGUAUAUAAAGUUGUGUAUGCUCAUGUCCCCCAAGCUGCUGAUGAACUAGAAUUAAGAAUAGGUGAUUAUAUAUAUGUGUCAAAAGAAAGCAUAGAUAACUCUGUUGACGGUUGGGCUGAAGGAAUGUCAUGGUUAACUGGAUGUAAUGGCUACUUUCCGCUAUGCUACACUGAACGUACUGCGGAAUCUGAUACAUGGACUCUACAUUGUUCAUUACCCUUAGAUGGUAGUUAUCAUGAAUCUAUUGAAGUUAAUGAUACAAAUAUGACUGAAGAAAAACUAGUUGAAAAAUAUGGUGUUAGUUUUGUUCCAGCUGAUUACACACCGCAUUCAGAAUCUCCAAAAGGUCCCAAAUCUCAAAAAAUAUAUAUAUGUCGUCACGGAGAAAGAGUAGAUUUCACUUUUGGUACAUGGGUACCUUACAGUUUUGAUUCUGCUGGGAAAUAUGUCAGAAAAGAUUUAAAUAUGCCCCCGAAUAUACCUCAACGACGUGAUUUUCCAAACUCUUACCAAACUGAUACUCCUCUUACUUGUGUUGGUGAAUAUCAAGCCAAAUUAACUGGAUGGGGUAUGAAAGCUGCUCACUCUACCAAAUCAAUUCAACAUGUCUUUUGUUCACCUUCAUUACGCUGUAUUCAAACUUGCCAUAAUAUUUUAGUUGGCCUUGAUAUUGAUAAACAAGUACCGAUUUGUAUUGAACCCGGUAUAUUUGAGUGGCUUGGUUGGUAUAAUCAGUCUGGGCUGCCUGAUUGGAUGAGUAUCGAAGAGUUAAUAACUGCUGGUUUUAAUAUUAAUUCCAAAUAUGAAGCUUUAGUAUCAUUACCAUUUCUUGUUGAAAAUAUGUCAGAAACAGUUGAACAGUACUAUAUUAGAUGUGAUGAAGUAAUACAGAAUUUAAUCAAAUCAACCGAACCUAAAGGUGGUGAUAUAUUACUGGUAGGUCAUGCUUGUUCAUUGGAUUCUUUAUCAAGAUCAUUACUUCAUAAAUCUCCACGUACUAAACAAAAUUUUGUAAAAAUGGUUAAAGACAUCCCUUAUUGUGGCUUAGUAACUUUAAUGACUGAUGGAAUCAAUGAUUGGACAUUUGUCGAUCCACCAGUUCCACCAUUAACUAACUCGAUUAAUAAAAGAUUUAAUUGGAAGGUUUUAACCACAGACAUUGAUGUCUCUCCGAAUUAAUAAUAUGUUAAAUCCAACACUAACAUGACUAAAAUGACCUUAAAUAAAAUAAAAUAAAUUGAUUUUAAAAUCUGCACAUAUUAAAACACAAAUAUGUUAAUUUUUAAUUACAUAGGUAGUUAAUAAGGCUGGAUAUUAAGAAAUUAGUAAUUCUUAACUAAGUUACAUAGUUAUAAGUUACGAGUUACUUUUUUUUUCAUUAAAAAUAACUUCUAACUUAACAAGUUAAAAUUGUUUUCAAUCAGUUAAUUCAAUUUUAGUCAGCGUUAAACGUAUUAUUUUUGGAUUUGAAUAGUGAUCAAAAUAAAAUAAAAUGGUUAAAUAUAACUUUCUUACUUUCUGUUUGCAUAUAUUAUAGAUCAGUAAAUAUUUUUCUUUUUUACAGAAUACAGUAGAAUUCGCUUAAUUGGGACACAUUGAGCAGGACCUAUUUUUCCCCAUUAUCCGACUAUUCCGAUUAACCGAAUAACUAAAAAACCGAUACAUUCGUUCGGGACUAUGCAGUCUGUCCCCUUUAUGUGGUGUCCCAAAUAAGCGGAUUCUACUGUAUUUAUAAUGUAUGCCAUACCAUAUUAAUUAAAUUUUAUAAAAUUAGUAGCCUUUUUUUCUUUUUAUUAACUUUUUACAUAUUAAAAAAAAAGUAACUCAACUUUAUAUUUAACUUUAGGAAAUAAAAUAAUAGGUUACUUAUCCAGCCUUUGUUGUUAAUGUUAUAAUUGUUUAAAAGAAUUUACUUGAUAUCAAAAAUUUGAUAAUAGGUAUUCCUUCAUUUUCUAUAGUAAUAAUUAUCUAUGUAAUAUAGGUUACAGGAUAGACAAAAAAUGUAUGAAUUUUAGGUGAUUAGUACUCA